AUUACCUGUGAUGGAGCCCUGCUUUCCUGCGGAUGGCUGAACACCUGCCUGCCCAUGGGAAGCAGUGAGUGAGUGAAUUCCUUGUUGUGUCUUGUUUGCAUGCACAGCUUUUCCUUUACCUAUUAAACUAUCUUUAUCUCAACCUAUGAAUCUUUUCACUUUUAAAUUUACUAUUCUCUCCCCCAUCCCACCAGAGGGGAGUAAGCAAACAGCUGAAUGGGGCUUAGUUGCCGGCUGGGGAUAAACCAUGACAGGGGCAUUAAGCAUUUCAUCUUUAAGCAAGAUUCCAGUAUCAUACACCAGGGACAUGGUUGGGUGCUUGAAGAAAUCAACUUCCACAAUCCAGCUUGUGCUGAGUCCUUCUCUUAUUUCACAAUUCAACAGAAGAAAAAGAAGAUAGAGUAGUGAUUACUGCUGUUGUCUUGGGUGAGUUAUGGCACGUUACACUCUCCUCUGCACCUGAGCUGAACCACUGGGAACCUCUUUUAUGCUGUUGGCUUCUGCUGGGAUUUACAGUCUCCUCCAGCCACAAAUUUGCCAGACCUGGAAGCACACAAAAAUGGUACCUCAUGCAAAGACGUCAAAGGCAUUGCCAUUUGUCUUGCUCUUCCUAUUUCCGAUGCUGCUGUCAGGAGCCUGGUUUCCCAAAAGUUUACCCUGUGAUGUUAAAGCUUCUGAAGGUACUGUGACCGUGGACUGCACCAAUCGCCGCCUCAUUGAAAUACCUAGAGGGAUCCCAGCAAAUGCUACCAACCUUACCCUGAGCAUUAAUGAUAUCCCCUACAUCUAUCAAACAUCUUUUGCUCAUCUUGACAACCUCAAGGAGAUUGACUUCAGGUGCAACUGUAUGCCUGUCAGAAUGGGACCCAAAGAUAACGUGUGCACCAAGAGACUGAAGAUUGAGCACGGCAGUUUUACUGCCCUGACAAGACUGAAGUCCUUGUAUCUGGAUGCCAACCAGCUGUUGGAAAUACCCCGGGGUCUUCCCACUAAUUUAAGUCUGCUGAGCCUGGAAGCGAACAGCAUCUUUUCUAUCCAAAGAGCUAACUUGUCCGAGCUAGGAAACAUAGAAGUGUUGUAUCUGGGACAGAACUGUUACUACCGUAAUCCAUGCAACGUUUCAUUUGAAAUUGAAGAAACGGCCUUUCUGGAGCUGCAGAAAUUAACAAUACUUUCCUUGAAGUCCAACAACUUGACUCAUAUUCCAGCCCAUUUGCCAUCGACUUUAAAGGAACUGUAUAUUUACAAUAACAUGAUUGAAGUGAUUCAAGAACAGGAUUUAAGUGCCCUGCACAACCUAGAAAUUCUUGACCUAAGCGGCAAUUGCCCACGUUGCUAUAAUGCCCCAUAUCCUUGUCUUCCCUGCCCCAGGAGCACAAUUGAGAUUCAUCCAGAGGCUUUUUAUUCCUUGAAAAGUUUAAGAAUUUUGAGACUCCACAGCAACUCUCUUCAGAGCGUACCCAGCAGCUGGUUUCAAAACAUGAAGAAUCUCAAAGAGCUUGACCUCUCCCAAAAUUUCCUCCUAAAGGAGAUAGGAGAUGCUCAGUUUUUGCGGUAUAUCCCUAGCCUUGUUGAGCUUGAUCUGUCCUUUAAUUUUGAACUGAAGAUGUAUUCUCCAUUCUUGAAUCUGUCUAAGACAUUUUCCUCCCUCUCUAACCUGGAAACCCUCAGGCUCAGGGGUUAUGUCUUUAAUGAACUGAGAAAAAGUAAUCUAGCUCCAUUGCUCGGUCUCAGAAAUCUAACUGUGGUGGAUCUUGGGACUAACUUCAUUAAAAUAGCUGACUUGAAAGUGUUCAAGGAGUUCCCUGCUCUUAAACUCAUAGACCUCUCAGUGAAUAAAAUUUCUCCUUCUUCAGAGGAAAGCAAUUCUUAUGGAUUUUGCUCUAAUCCUCGGAUUUCAGUAGAGCAAUACAAUAGGCAAGUAUUACAAGAAAUGCAUUAUUUCAGGUAUGACGUAUAUGGGCGAAGUUGCAGGUCCAAAGACAAAGAGGCUGCUUCCUACCAAUCUUCAGUUAAGGAAGAGUGCCUGAGGUACGGAGAAACUCUGGAUUUGAGCAGAAACAAUAUCUUUUUCAUUAACCCCUCAGACUUCCAGGGACUUGGUUCCCUCAGAUGCCUCAACUUGUCAGGUAAUGCAAUAAGUCAAACCUUAAACGGAAGUGAAUUCUCUUCCUUGUCUGGAUUGAAAUAUCUGGAUUUUUCCGACAACAGGAUUGACUUGCUCUACUCAACUGCUUUCAAAGAGCUACAACUUCUAGAAGUUCUAGACCUGAGCAACAACAAAUAUUAUUUCUUGGCAGAAGGUGUUAGUCACACGCUGAGUUUUAUGAAAAACUUGGCCCACCUGAAGAAGCUGAUGAUGAAUGAGAAUGAGAUUUCUACCUCUAUUAACACAGGAAUGGAAAGUCAAUCUCUUCAAAUUUUAGAAUUCAGAGGAAAUCGCUUGGAUGUUUUAUGGAUGGAUGGCAAUGCUAAAUACUUGUCAUUCUUCAAGAAUCUGACCAGCCUGGAACAACUGGAUAUUUCCUUCAACUCACUCAGUUUUUUACCUGCGGAUGUUUUUCAAGGUAUGCCUCCAGGCCUCAAGACCCUCAACUUAACCAAUAAUCAGAUGAAGAGUUUCAACUGGGGAAAACUGCAGUAUCUGAAGAAACUCGUAACUCUGGACCUCAGCAAUAACCUUCUCUCUACUGUUCCCCGAGAACUGUCCAAUUGCUCUUCAACACUCCAAGAACUGAUGCUCCGAAACAAUCGCAUUCAGCGACUAACCAAACACUUUCUCAGAGGUGCUUUUAAAUUGAAAUACUUGGACCUCAGUGCAAACAAGAUUGAAAUAAUUAAGAAAUCUAGCUUCCCUGAAAACGUCAUUAACAACCUGAGGAUGCUGCUCUUGCAUGGCAAUCCUUUCAAGUGCAAUUGUGAUGCCGUGUGGUUUGUUUCCUGGAUCAAUCAAACUCAAGUGACUAUUCCUCUUCUGGCAACAGAUGUGACCUGUGCAGGCCCAGGGGCGCAUAAAGGAAAGAGUGUGGUUUUCUUGGAUCUGUAUACAUGUGAGCUGGACACCUCGUAUUUGAUCCUGUACGCUCUGUCAGCCUCAACUGUCCUAGCCUUAAUGGCGUUCACAGUGAUGAACCAUCUCUACUUCUGGGAUGUGUGGUAUAGUUACCAUUACUGCACUGCCAAGCUGAAGGGCUAUCGGCGCCUCCCUUUACCAGAUGCUUGCUACGAUGCUUUUAUUGCCUAUGACAACAAAGAUCCGGCUGUGAAUGAGUGGGUGCUGACAGAACUGGUUGAAAGGCUGGAGGAUCAGAAACCCAGGCAGUUCAAUCUAUGCCUGGAAGAAAGGGACUGGCUGCCAGGACAGCCCGUCUUUGACAACCUUUCCCAGAGCAUUCGGCUGAGCAAGAAGACCGUCUUUGUGCUGACCAACAAGUAUAUUAAAAGCGGUCGCUUCAAGACAACAUUUUACAUGGCCCACCAGCGCCUUCUAGAUGAAAAAAUAGAUGUCAUUAUCUUGAUAUUUCUUGAGAAGGUCUUGCAGAAGUCUCGGUAUGUCCGGCUGAGGAAGAGGCUGUGCAGAAGUUCUGUCCUGGAAUGGCCCACUAACCCCCGAUCUCAGCCCUACUUCUGGCAGUGCCUGAAAAAUGCCAUAGCUACCAGUAAUACCCUGGCCUACAACAAGCUACUCCAAGAAACUGUUUAGCUCUACUGUAAACACUGCUCGGAUGCCUGGUGAGCAAAAGGUCCUAAACGUAACUUGGAGAAACUGUUGAGGUGUGGAGGAUAAGAGGAAUUGUGCCAUUGUUCCCAAAAUGAAAUGUGCAAUUGGUCCUCAAGCUGAUAGUUCACUUGUUUUGCUAGGACAAGAUUGAACACAAACUGUUGCUGGCACAGAUGUUUAUCUGACACACUCCUUGCUUGGCAUGGAUUGCUGCCCAGCAGGAGGCGAUGCACUACCCACUGGAAGCCCUUGCUUUAGAAGAGAAUCACCACGUCCAGCUUUCAGUUUGCUGGGGGCCUCCAGCAUCUUUUGUGGUUGGGUCAAGCAUGGGUGAGACACUUGCCCGGCUUACUCCAGUACCCAGACUGCCGGGAGGAGUCUGGCCGUGCCUUAAGUUGCUGCUGUUCAGAUUACUGUUGGAGUAAAGGUGAUUUUAAUGGAAAGUGUUAGUUUCUGUAUUUGGUGUAGUUAUGAGAAGCAAAAACAUUUGAUAACUACCAUGCUUCAGGGAGGAGGUACCAGCCCAAUUAGCUGAGGCAGGGCUACAUCCUUCUCUCUGAAUGCUUCAGAGUAUGCUAGAGGGGGGACACACACUGUCCUGAACCAUCUGUAUUUUGCAGGAUGAAGACUGCCUCUGUACUAAUAGAGCAACUGGGUUUCGGGGUUUUUUUAGACAGUUUCAUAUAUUGUAGCUAAGAGCAUUUCAUUGGUGGGCACAAACUCGAUCUAAGUCUUUCUUGAACAGGAAAAAAAAAUUGAAUUUAGAUUAGUUAGGUUUGUAGCCAAGAAAUGCCUUAAACAGGCAUGCCCUCCAUUCCUCCUGGAGUCUUUUUUUAUAAUGGAGAACCACCACAAAGGUAGGAGUUAUUUGACAGAUUCAAACUAGUAAUUUAUUGCUUUAACUGUAUGAGGCUUUUAACCUUGGAGCUUGCUUGCCUAGUUGAUGUAGUAGUGUCUGAAUUUACAAAAAAUACUGAGGAGUCCUGAGGUUUCUAAACCUCAGGGUUUCACAAUGGUAUAGCUUGUGAUCUGCUAAGGUCAAUGAGGAGGAGAAAGUAAAGGCAUUCAGCUAACCUAAAUGUAGACAUCUACAGCUGCAUUAACAGGUCUAUGUGUCAUUGUCCCUUCAGACAUGAGAUGAUAGAGGCAUUUUAUGAAUAUCACUUGUCUCAUAAUAACACAAAGGUUUAAGAUGGGUCAAAUUAAUUGCAAUCCAAAAGUAGGAUUUCUCUACAUUGGCUGUAAAAUGUUCCCAUGGUGACCAGCUCAGAUAUAGGUGUCUGCACUGCAGAUACUUUCAGUUAGGUGAGGUUAUUGCUGUUCCAGGCUUCCGUGUGGUCAGUGGCAAGUUGGUCUUGAAUAACCAUGUCAUGUGGACACCAAAAUAUCUGAACUACAGUUAAACAGCAACUGUGAUGACCAAAACUCUUCAUCAGCUGCUGCUUUCUUACAGAAAUUGUAUCAGACAAGGACCGGACUUGGUAUUUAGUCUACGUGGCCCAGAAAGACCACACAUGGAGUGGAAAAAGCAGAAAGAAGAGAAAGGAAGAGGAAUAUUGUCAAAUUUGUCAAAUUUGUAUAGUUCUUGUGGAAUCAGCAGAAAAAUUUGCAGUUUGCAUUACUAUCAUUAGUGUGGCACAAGAAGAAUAAUGAAUGAAAACUGGCAAGAAAUAUCCUUACAGCAUAAGUUUAUAUGAAUAUAAAAUCCUCUUUUGUCUCUUUGAUCUCCCUGUUUUUAAGAACUGACAUAUAAGGAACUUGCAGGUGUCUCCCUGAGAGAAUAAUUCAUGUCAGAAGGGACCUCUGGAGGUCAGAGGAGGUCUAACUUCAACAUAACAUUAGUUUGCUUAGCUCCUUGUUCUGCAAUGAAACUGGGGUGCUAUGUAGCAAACAUGAAAGGCACUUCGUAACAGCAGCUUUUAAAUAUAUUUUAAAUAUAUUUUAAAAAUAACUGUGAAGAUCAGGAGCCCUUCAUCUGUAGUACAACAAGUUUUGGGGUAAUAGGCCCUCCAAAACAGUGAAGAUGUUUUUUGUUUUCUGAACAACACCUGCCUUUUCUUUUCCUCAAUCUUGUUCUGAAAGUAUUUGCCUGUAGAAAUAAGCUCUGUGAUAGGCUGUUCAUCUGAAAAUAUCAGGCACAAUACAAAUUUCUCCAUUUACUCUGAACAAGAUAUUCAGAUCAUUUAGGUUAUAAUUCUUCUCAGUUGCUUCUGGAGGAGCUCAACUUCACUGAAUAUAUAUGAGAGUCAGUCUCGUAAUUUGGGAAGAUAAAUUGUGUGUCUAAAUGCAAAAGACAUACAUAUCAAUCCACCAUUAUCUCCAGGAGAAUAAGAGGGAAAAAUAAAGCACGGAGAAAUCAAAUAAUUUCUUCUAUAUCCAUCUGCUGCUGCUGAAACUGAAAAGGGAAUCCGGGUAUCCAACUUAUAAAAGCAACCUGCAUGCAUUCCUUGGUUAAUCAGCACUUAGAGAUUAUUUAUACAUGAAAUUAUUUAAUUAUAAAAAUAGCAAAAUUGAGAAUCAAAUGUGUACCUGAUGACAAAGUCUUAAUUUGGGUGUGCAAAGUAUGAGACAGUACUAAUUUCUGUAAAACUGGGGUGUUUGGUUUUUUUUUGUUUUGGUAGGAGGGUAUCUUUGUUCAAGAUACACAGUUCUGAGCCAAGUAAGUAUUAUCAGAUCUAAAUCCAUGGCCUUAUCUCCACGAGGCACAUGGCUGCGACUGCAUAAGUCCUGUGGCUGAACACUAGAUCAGGGUGUGCAGGGAGAUUCCCAGAGCCAAAGGAAACCUGAGGAAGAGCAGAGAUUCCCAAAAGGAGCCAGCAUCCAUCUCCAACAUCUUAUUAAUGUUUAUAAAUAAAUAUCUAAAGGGCAGGUGUGAAGAGGAUGAAGUCAGGCUCUUAGUUGUGGCCGGCGACAGGACAAGGGGCAAGAGACACGAGCUGGAACAGAGGAGGUUCCAUCUGAAUAUGCAGAAAAUCUUCUUUACUUUGAGGGUGACAGAGCACUGGAACAGGCUGCCCAGAGAUGUUGGAGAGUUUGUGGAGCCUCCUUCUCUUGGAGAUACUCAAAACCCACCUGGAUGCAUUCCUGUCCAGCCUGCUUUAGGUGAACCUGCUUUGGCAGGGGGGUGGACUAGAUAAUCUCUAGAGGUCCAUUUCAACCCCUACAAUUCUGUGAUUCUGUGAUUCACCUGGAGAAAAGGUAAGCACCUGCAAAUGAUGCAAACAGAUUGAUGAUCUGUUGCAUCAGGUGAUCGAGUUGCAGGAAACAGUUAAAAAGCUGUGCAGUAUUAGAGGGGCCAAAACGGAUAUAGAUAAGUGGUUUCAGAACUAUGCUCCUGGGGCAGCUACCACAGAUAAUGAGGCACCUUGGACCCUUGUGACCUCGUGACUGGAGAGAGUUCAGCAUAGGGCAACAAAGAUGAUGGAGGGAUUGGAGCGUGUCCUUUAUGAGGAAAGGCUGAGAGAGCUGGGACUCUUUAGCCUGAAGAAGGCUGAGGGGAGACCUUAUUAAU